CUCGGAUAUGAAUUUAGUGUUGGAAACAUGAUAAUGACUAUUACAUUGCUCUAUUUUGAGGCAAUGUUAACAGAUUUAUCACAAAUUGUGAAUGUUUUAUUCAACAGUGAUUUUUUCAUAAAAAAACUGCAAAAAACGCAUACAUAUUGCCUAUAUUCGUUCAUAUCCGCACUUUUCGUUCAUGUCCGCGGAUAUGAGUCAUAUACGUAUUUUAGACGGACCGCGUUAUGAUAAAUCAGCUUCUGUCACGAAGAAAAAUUGUAUGCACACGUUUUAAAGAUCCAGGAUUAUACUUUCAGUAAAUCGAUUGCAAUGACAACAACAGACAGGCUUGUGUUCUUCAUAAAUGGAAAGAAGGUAGUGGAACUUAAACCUGAUCCAGAGGCAACUUUGCUGCAGUAUCUCAGAAGAAGUUUGUUGUUGCCGGGAACCAAGGAAGGAUGUGGCCAUGGUGGUUGUGGGUCGUGCACUGUGAUGUUGUCACGCUUACAGCCUGGAAAGCGUAUUGUUCAUUACACAGUGAACGCCUGUCUGUUCCCGCUGUGUGCUGUACAUGGCAUUGCAGUGACAACAGUUGAAGGUGUGGGCAAUCCUAGGACUGGACUGCAUGAAAUACAGAAAUGCCUGGUGGUGUCUCAUGGACUCCAGUGUGGAUUCUGCACCCCAGGCUUUGUCCUGUCGGCUUUUUGUCUGCUGAGGAACAACGCCCAGCCCUCCAAGGAGGAUGUGGAGAGAGCCUUGGAAGGAAACCUCUGUAGAUGCACCGGGUAUCGGCCUAUAUUGGAUGCUCUGGCCCCAUUCACAAAGGAGGAUUGCAUCAUGGGAGACAACUGUUGUAAGAUAAAAAACGCAGAUCAGCAAGCUGGACAGUUUACUCAGGGUGUUGCCUCCCCUUCUAGUCUACAUGCUCAGGGUGUUGCCUCCCCUUUUAGUCUACAUGAAACACAAGUCCCGAUAUUUCCAUCAGAGCUACAGUUGUCAGAAGAGUUCAACACAACAGUGAGUUUCCAUGGCAACCAGUUCACAUGGAUCUCCCCAGUAACCCUGGCUGAACUGCUGACCCUCAAGGCCAAGUACCCUGCAGCCCCCAUAGUCAUGGGUAACACCACUGCAGCCCUGUCCCUAAAGCAAGGAAGGUUCAAGGGCUGCCCAGUGCUGCUGUAUGGCAUGAACGUGCCAGACCUGAAGAUGUUCGCCUGCACUGAUUCCCAGGUCAUCAUGGGAGCAGCUUUGACCAUUGCUGAACUUGGGGGUCAUCUCAAACUGUUGAUGAUUACUUUGGAAGUCUCUAGGCUGGGGCUAUUUUCAUCACCUAAAAGGAUCCGCCUCUCUUGUGUGAUGCAGCACAACGCACAUCGUUCAACUUAUACAUACUUUUGGAACAAGAAGCACGUAGAGUAUUUAGCCUGCAUACAGCACAUGGUGGAGAAGUAUGCCGCAGAUCAGAUCAGGAAUGUAGCUACCCUGGGUGGCAGCAUACUGUCAGGUCGUAACAACUCGGAUGUGCUCACUUUGUUCAUGGCAUUGGAAGCAACCCUAGUUCUUGCUUCAGUCAAUGGUGAACGAAUGGUACCUCUUGAUAACUACACUUUGAAUAGAGACGAAAUCAUUAAAACCAUCCUUAUUCCUUUCACUCACAAGACAUGCUUGACCUCAUUUGUCAAAGAGUCGACCCGGAGGACAUUUUCGCUGGCGACUGUCAACAGUGGAAUAAAACUUGUUCUUAAUGACGAUAAGACCAUUGAUAACCUCAGGAUCUCAUAUGGAGGAGUGUCUGAUACCACCAUGGUAGCCACUGGCGUUGGCAAAUUUGCAAAAAACAGACAACUGGAUUACCCCCUGUUUAAAGACGUGAUUGGCUGUAUAACAAGCUUGUGCAGUGAGAAUGGACAGACAGACGGGUACAAACCUUCCGUGGCAGCUGCUAUCUUCUUUAAAUUCUACAAUGCUGCACAAAGAAAACUGUACAAGAAGGUCAGACGUCCAGCAUGCAUUGUUGACUGCAUGUCCAUGGAGCCGUGUGUGGGCAGUCAGUACUACGACCCCUGCACAGAGCCCGGCCAGUCAGCAACCGACUCCCUAGGCAAGCCAGUACCCAACGUGUCCUCUGAGGACAUUGUCAGUGGGCAGGCCGUCUACGUUGAUGAUAUGCCCAGUCUCCCUGGUGAGCUGUUUUUAAGCCUUGUACUCAGUCGUCGUGCACAUGCAAAGAUCCUUAGUGUUGACCCUAGCGCAGCUCUUCAGGUCCCAGGUGUCCAUGGUUACCUUGACCACACGGACGUGCCUGGCAAAAAGGUCUUCGGAAAUGCUGCUGACGAAGAGAUAUUUGCCUCUGAAUAUGUGCUCUGUGUAGGUCAGACUGUUGGGGCAAUCCUGGCUGAGACCAGGGAGAUAGCAAGCAAGGCAUGCUUCCUGGUCAAGAUUGAAUAUGAAGAGCUCACCCCUAUCUUUACUAUAGAGGAAGCCAUUGAAGCGCAGUCAUUUUUUGGCAAGACAGGAAGGCUUCUGGAUGGAGAUGUUGAAACUGGCUUCAAGGAGUCGGACCAUAUUAUAACUGGAGACUAUGAGACUAGUCUACAGGAGCACUUCUACCUGGAACCACAGGCUGCGUUGGCUGUGCCGCGCAUGGAGAACAAUGAGUUCGACAUCUACUGCACCACACAGUACGGGGCGUUUGUGCAGGGCUCCAUAUGUGCAGCUCUUAACCUGCCGGCUAACAGAGUGAACGUUAGGACCCGCAGAUUGGGCGGGGCAUUUGGUGGUAAAGAGACUCGCAACAAUCUGGUAGCUCUACCAGCAGCUAUUGCUGCUCACAAGUACCGAAGGCCUGUUAGGGCUGUUUUACCAAGGGAAGUAGACAUGGAAAUAACAGGAAAAAGACACCCAUUUCUUGCAAGAUAUAAGGUCGGUGUGACCAGUUCUGGAAAGUUGAAAGCAGUAGAAAUGAAGAUGUACAACAAUGGUGGCUUCAGUGAAGAUGCGUCAGCGGCUGUGGGUUACGCAGCAUUGGAUGCUUUUACGAACUGCUACAGGAUUGAAAACGUAAACGUUGAGUCUUACGCGUGUCGUACAAACAUUCCGUCCAACACGGCGAUCAGAGGCUUUGGCCAGCCCCAGGGUAUCACCAUCAUGGAGGACAUCAUUUUCAAUGUGGCCUGCAACCUCAGGCUGUCCCAGGAAACGAUAAGGGAGGUUAACCUGUACCGUGAAGGGGAUAUGACCCCAUAUGGCAUGCUGCUAGAGAACUGCACAGUUCGGGAUCUCUGGGACCAGUGUAUGAAACAGAGUGGAUUUGUGACCAGGCUGAAAGCUGUCGAGGAAUUCAACAGAAAUAACCAAUGGAGGAAACGGGGUAUUUCAAUGACAACGGAAAAGUUUGGAGUUGGCUUACCACCACUCUUCUUGAACCAGGGUUCAGCUCUGGUGAGCAUCUACAAAGACGGGACGGUGCUUGUGACUCACUCUGGGGUCGAGAUGGGACAGGGACUCAACACCAAAAUGAUUCAGAUUGCCUCAAGAGCUCUGAACGUUCCCAUGGAGAAGAUUCACAUCAACGAGACGUCCACUGAGAGACUUCCCAACACUAUCAUGACUGGAGGCAGCACUGGCACAGAUGUCUGUGGGCCCGCAGUGCUGGAUGCAUGUACUACCCUGGUUGAACGUCUGGCGCCACUAAGGAAUGAGCAUCCAGACUGGCCGUGGGAAAAACUGGCUUUUGAAGCUUUCAUGCAGAGGGUAAAGCUUAUAGCCACUGGAUUCUCGAGGUGCCCGAAAGAGUGUGAUUAUAAUCGGGAGCAAAAACAAGGCCAACCCUACGACUACUUCACAUAUGGAGUGGUCUGUACAGAAGUGGAGAUAGAUGUACUCACUGGAGAGAACCAGGUGCUACAGACGGACAUUGUGUUUGACGUGGGAAAGAGUCUUAACCCGGCUAUUGACAUUGGACAGAUUGAGGGCGGGUUUGUACAGGGCCUGGGCAUGAUGACGAGUGAAGACAUCUCUGUGGAGUGCUCCACGGGUCGCAUGCAGCACUGCAGUCCUCUCAGUUACAAGGUGCCCAACGUACGCAGUGUGCCUCGCAGGUUCAAUGUGACUCUGAUGAAGAACCAUGACUUCAAGACGGUCGCUUAUUCGUCCAAGGGUGUAGGAGAGCCACCAUUGCUUCUCUCAGUGUCCGUUCUCAUGGCGAUCAAGGAGGCAGUGCUUGCAGCGCGGACACAGAUCGGCCUGACUGGCUACUUCCGGCUCACCUGCCCAGCAACGGUGCAGAAGAUACAGGCACUGUGCAGCAACCAGUUGGGGCGACUGUUGAAUUAAACGAUGCUUCAGUAGCUGUAAUAUUAACAGAUGCUUGGCAAUUUUGUGUUAGUAUGACUUACAGUAUUAUAUUUGGAAUAAAAUCCAACACUGAUAUGCAAAAUUGCCAUUUAUUUCCUGCUUUUUAAUGACGAGUAAAACUGUAAUAAACUUGCCUGCCAUUUGCUGGAUGUUUCAAUGCGUUUUGAGGUGGUGAAGGAUUUCAUAAUUGAAGCUUUUUGUGGUGGUGGAGAAAUAGUGCCAUUUUUAUGUCUGUUCUGCUAUUAUUUUAAGUGUAUUGCCGGUAUGCUCCCAUCGACUGGGAGGUCUUGACUUUGCACUUUACUGUCUGUUUGUCCUCAAGCUUUUGCUUAAAACGUUUGUUUAACUACUGGCUGGAUCUGGCUAAAACAAACAUAAGUGAAUUUCCCUAAUGUGUAGAUGAUCUUAAAUGAAGGAUUAAGGACUUUGUUGACUUUGGCAGAAUUUAUGAUCCUGUGUCUGAUUUUUAAACUUAAAUAAUCCCAUUAAGGUUAUGUUUUUAACUUCUCUUUUAUUGCAUGGUUGGUUUUGCUCAAACUUCCACAGUUAAAUAACCUUUAUUUGUACAUGGUCUUAAAGAAAUGUUUUUAGGCUGUGAUUUUUAGCUCGGCUUUUUUUUCGAGAAACAUUUUGUUAAGGUUUUGAACAUUGGCUCUAAAAUCAAAUUGCUUCAUCCUACUACUUUGAAACUUCAUAUGUAGAUGCACCUUGAUGAGUUCUACACGCCACACCCAUUUUUGGGUCACUAGGUCAAAGGUCAAGGUCACUGUGACCUUUAAAAAAAUAUAUUCUGACAAGCUUUCAUUUAUUCAAAACUGCACCCGUAGCCGAGCAUGGCACCCGUUAUGCGGUGCUCUUGUGUAAACUAUUAUUAUGGCCCUUUGAAUGAUUUUCCACUAUAGAAUACAUAGGUUUGUGUUUUUUACUCCUCAUUAUCUACUGGCUGUAUCUGGCUGAAUAUCACUCAAACUUUCUCAAGUGAACGUGUUUAAUGUGUAGAUAAUCGUAAAGGAAAAAAAAUUAGGCUGCAACAAGUCUCUGUACAAUUAUGAUUUGUCUGUUUUGUUUAUAUAUGGCUUAUAUCGUAAAAAAACUUUUUAAAGGGUAGGGGUCCUCUGUUUUGUCUAGGACAAAGCUAUUGUUUAUUGUUGAUUGGGUUGGCUGUUAUUUUCGAAAAUAUGUUGACUGGAAGGUUAUUAUUAUCAUUUAUGAAUGUAUGAAAGUAUAAUGUUGUUCUUUUUCUCAAAAUUAGCAUAUACAGCUAAGCAAUUAGAUAAUAUUCUUGCUUUUUACACCCAGGAUUACAGCUUCUUCCUGAUUUUUAGCUCAACUGUUUUCGGAGAAAACCAGAGGUAUUGUCAUAGCCAGCUUUUCGUCGUGUCGUUCGCGUCGUGCUAAAACCUAAACAUUUUGUCAAGGUUUUGAACAUUGGCUUUAAAAUCAAAAUGCUUCAACCUACAACUUUGAAACUUGGUAUGUAGCUGCACCUUGAUAAGUUCUACAUGACACUCCCAUUUUUAGGUCAAAGGUCAAGGUCACUGUGACCUCUAAAAAAAAAUAAUCUGACAAGCUUUCAUUUAUUCACAACUGCAACGGCAGCCGAGUGUGGCGCCCAUUAUGCGGUGCUCUUGUUGUAUUUCUAAGUAUCCUCCUUUUCACUGCUUUGGAUUGUGAUGCUUUGAGGUUUGUCUUGAGCUACAAUUGCAUUUUAAGUAUAUUUAGGCAGAGUGUGACAUUCUGGUAUAUGUUAACCCCCAAUACUUGGAUUGACUAUUCCAAGAUGGCGAAAUUAGUUUUAUGGUAUUAGUAAUUGUGCGUGUUUGUUUUCAAAUGUGAUGCCAUGGAAUUUUGUUUUUAGUAUUUGCUUGCAGUAAAUAUAUCAAUAGCCCCUAAUCAGUCGUUUCUCCAGCUUACACAGAUGUUUAUAUUAUUAAAUUGUUAUAAUCUUGUAUGAAGUUUAUUUGAUAUAUACAGUAAAUUGGAUAGAAUUUCUUUGUUUGAAUGGUGUAUACAGUACUCAUGUUAUUUGUUAUGUAUAGUCACAUUAAAGAACUUCCGCCCGCA